AUGUCAGAAGAAAUCCACGAAAUCCAUAUUCUGAUUUCUUCAGAUGACAAGUUGAACAAGUGUUCGGGAUACUCAAACCUCUUGCAAUUUCAACAACAUUCUUGUCUUCAACCCUCUUCGGUUCAAUCCCUCGCUCACUCCUCCAAAUCCAUUAUCUCUUUCAUCCUUUCCGACAUUUCCGAUGACCACGACGAAGAAAUAGUUGCACAAGCUUUGAAAUGUUUGGGCUUCAUGCUUUAUCAUCCCUCCGUUGUUUCCACGCUUCAAGUGGAUGAUGCUAAUUUGGUAUUGGGCACAUUGGCCAAACUUAUUACGACCACAAAAUUGAAGUCUGCUUGUAAUUUAGGGGUAUGGUGUUUAUCUGUUCAACAGUUAGGUUCAUCAUUUCUUGUUUCUCACUUUCAUUCUUUAUUACGGGUAAUUGUCCACGCCCUAGAUAAUCCUAUGGGUUCUCUGUCAACAACAUUUGAAGCUACGCAGGCUGUAAUGAACUUGUGUGGUCAAUUAAGCAAGCAAAUGAGAGACUCGUCCCAUAUAUGGGCUCCUCCAAUAUACAGGAGACUUCUCAACACAGAUAAGAGGGAGAGGGAUGCUUCAGAAAGGUGCCUGUUGAAGAUUAUUUCUACAGUAAUUCCUCCUUCUCUGGAUCUCUCCAAGGUUCUCGUCAAAGAUAUGAAGAUAAAGUUACUCAAUGGGAUGAAGGAUUUGCUAGAUAAUGGUAUGAAGAUUCAAGCUAUUCGAGCAUGGGGAUGGUUUGUCAGAAUGCUUGGAUCCCAUGCUUUAAAGAAUAGGCCUUCAGUUAAUGAUAUGCUGAAAAUUCCUGAGCGUACAUUUACAGAUCUUGACCCUCAAGUUCAAAUUGCUACACUGGUUGCCUGGGAAGGUCUUGUUGAUGCCCUUGUUCACUGUCCGAUAUUAGUUUCUGAGAAAAAUACACGAGCUGUGGAGAUUUCUCUCCAGAAACAACAUUCAUUAGGAAGGAACAAUUGUGGCAAUCAAGCAAAUGGAUUUUCCAAAAGCAUAAAGCUCAUAAUGACUCCACUGAUUGGUAUCAUGUCCAGUAAAUGUGAUACAUCAGUUCACUUAUCCUGCUUGAACACGUGGUGUUAUUUGCUACAUAAGCUUGAUACCUCUAUCAAUGAACCGUCAAUGACACAAAUGGUUUUAGAGCCUAUACUUAAAGCAAUAUUUCAGAAUGGACCUGAUAGCAAGAGCAUCUGGUUAUGGAACCUUGGCCUUGAUCUGCUUCGUGAUAGUAUUUCACCGAAGUGUAGGGAUGUCCUCUACCAAUCAACUAGUCUGGUAAGCCACAUAAUCUCUGAAAAUGGACCUUUAUCUGGCAAAUGUUCUUGGAAGCAACAUGAAAUUAGAUGGAUGCCGUGGGAUAUCAGUCAAUUGGACUUCUAUCUGAGUAUGAUCUUUUAUGUCAUCUGUCAGACAUCUAGGCCAACUGUCACUUGUGAUCAUAGAAGUCAUGUUUAUGAUACUGCCUUAAAGUUAUUUAUAUAUAUUCUGAAAGGAGUCAAGCUGGACAUGGAAAGUCCAUCUACUAAAUAUGAUGGAAUUAUGCAGUGCUUGAACUCAUUACUAACAUUCGUCAAGAAAGUAUGUGAAGAUUUAUAUUCAGAUGUCUGUGAAAAUGCUGAAGUGUAUUGUACUUCCAUUCAGUUUAUAGAUGCCAUCACAAAGGAGUUAGGUCCUUCCAUCUUGGGAUCUCCUCUGUACAAGUUUCCUUUAGACCUAAAGCACAUUGAUGAAAUGCAAUCAAUUGAUCAUGAUAAACAUCUAAAAUUUCCGACUGUCAGUUGUAUUUCUUAUAUGGAUAAGGUUUCUCCAUUGAUUUAUUUGAUAGCUCUGUACUUCCAAAUGAUGGCUAAGUUAACAACAAAAUCCCUUCACUCAGACUGCAUUUCACAAAGGAUGUGUGAAUAUUUUAAAUUUAUAUUUUCUUCAAGUGAUCCCCUGAAAAAUCUGCUCACCUGUAUUGGCUUCUUGUACAGACACGUACAACCUAUUUACUUAAAUAUAUGGAUAACGGUAACUCAAGGUCUGGAUUACUGUGUGUCUGAUGCAAACUGCAAGUCUCUUCAGGAAGCCUUGUCUGAUAGGACUGUGUUUUCUUCCAUAUGCCAUCUUUUAAUUUACCCCAUUGUUGCACAUUCCGAAGUUCCAAAAUUUACCUUGUCAAAUGCUACUGCCUCUUUCGAGAAAAUUUCUGCGUCACCUGAAAGAAACCCGAGGUUUGAACUGGUUAUUCAAAUGUGGAAAUCACUUUACGGAUCUCUUAGUGCUUCAGGCUUUGGAUGUUCAGCAGCCACCAAUUUAUCUGGGGAUCUGUGCAUGUUGUUAAUCAGGUGCCUUGAUGAAAAUGCUGGCAUGGUUGAGAGGGGCACUGAUUUUGAGUUAACAUGCAAAGAUAUGGAUAUUAGCCUCCUUCAUUUAUCUGGCAAUUUCUUGAUAUGCAUUCUAGAACAGAUUUGGACUUCUGAAGGAGUUUCUGAAACAGACAGAAGUAAAUCUGGUCGUGAUAGCAAAAUAUUAUGCAAUAAAACUAUAAAGAACUGCUUGAAAUUUGUUGUCAAGUAUAUGAAUUUGUUGAGGAUAAAGAUGGUUAGAGACCCACUCCCUGGUUUUGUUGGGACUUCAAGGCUAUAUUCUGCACUGGCAUGCUUUAUUAGUUGCCUUUACUGGAAGCAAGAUAUUCUUCUUUUAUUGGAGAUUGUUUCCUGUCCACUGCUUCAGUGGUUCUCAAAUAUGGGAAUGCAGCAUGAAAGAACAGACGACAAACUCCAACUUUUGUGGAUUGAAAUUCUUAGCUGCUUAAGAAGAAGUCAACCUCCAAUAAACUUUGGUUCAGCUUUACUCAAACUUCAUGGACCUUUGUUUGAAAAAACUCUUGAUCACCCAUGUCCUUCCAUUUCAGAACCUACCAUCAACUUUUGGAAUUCUACAUUUGGUCAACAAAUUAUUUUGGAUUUCCCUUCGAGUCUGCUGUGUGUCCUGGACAAGCUAUCUAGAAAUGGAAGAUUAAAACUCCAGAUGAGAAGCCUACCACCUCUUCAAAAAUGUCAUUCUCAUGAUGAAGUCACAGAUGCUCUGCAGGGAUACAGGGUCUCUGCAAAACAUAACAGGACUUCUAAGAGGGUGGAACUGGUGUUGGAUGCCCAAAGAGAGGUGUCUCCUUUAUGUUUCAAAAAGAAGAGGUUAGAACUUACCGAGCAUCAGAAGGAAGUCCGGCGAGCACAACAAGGAAGGGAAAGUGAUACUGGAGGACAUGGCCCGGGAAUCAGAACUUACACUAAUGCGGACUUUUCACAAGGGCUUGGUGAUUCGCAAGAAAGCCAGGAAGAGAUACGAGAUUCUGAAGCUAUAUUGCAGAUGUUGAUGAAAACUAUUUGA